AUGGUUCACCUCGCAUCCGCUGUUGCCGUCGGCCUCGCUGGUCUGGCUGGCUUUGUCUCUGCUCAUCCUGGCCACGACGUCAAGGCUGAAGCCGCCGAGCGUGCUGCCUUCCUCAAGACUGUCCCUGUCCAGUCUCGCAGCCUCGCUGGAUGUGCCUCCAAGCUGAGAGCCAGAGGCCUUGAGAACCGCAACGUUGCUCGUCGCCAGCAUGCUGUCAAGAACCUCCGCGCCAGCCGUGGUCUUUCCCAGACACCCCACUACCUGAAGGCUCGCAGCCUCAACAGCACCCUGAGCACCUCUCAUCACUCCAGCCUUACUGGUGUCGAUGCCUCCACCGACCCCAGUGUCCUGUUUGCCUCUGAGUCUACUUGCAUUCUCGGACCCGAUGUGACCCAGGGACCUUACUAUGUCACUGGUGAGCUUGUUCGUGAGAACAUUGCUGAGGACCAAGAGGGUGUUCCCCUUUUCAUGGACAUCCAGCUCAUCAACACCAACACCUGCGAGCCCAUUCCCGAGAUCUACACUGAUCUCUGGCACUGCAACUCCACUGGCGUCUACUCCGGAAUCGUCGCCAGCGGCAACGGUGACUCCUCCGACACACUGAACAUCAACUCCACCUUCCUCCGCGGUAUCCAGGAAAGUGACUCCAACGGUGUUGUUCACUUCCAGACCACUUUCCCCGGUCACUACACCAGCCGUGCUACCCACAUCCACGUCCUGACCCACCCCUCCAACGAGACUGAAGUUCUCGCCAACGGUACCAUCUCCGGUCUCUACACUUCCAGCUCUUCCUACGUUGGUCAGAUCUUCUUCGACCAGGACCUCAUCACUGCCGUUGAGAAGGUUUCCCCCUACUCCACCAACACCCAGGAACUCACCACCAACGCCGAAGACUCCAUUCUCUCUGAGGAGGCUGAUACUAUUGACCCCUUCAUGGAGUACGUCUACCUUGGAGAUGACGUCUCUGAUGGAAUCUUCGCUUGGAUCUCUCUCGGUAUCGACCCUACCCAGGACAGCAGUGUUACCCCUGCUGCUUACUACACUGAGCAGGGUGGUGUUGAGAACGAGAGCUCCAGCAUGGGCGGUGGCGGUGGCGGCGGUGGUGCUGGUGGUGCUCCCCCCUCCUAA